AUGGGCAGCCUUACUUCGCCAACGCCACCGGACGUCGAGUUCGUUGACUUGGUUGUCAUUGGAGGUGGUCCGACUGGACUCCUUUCUGCCGUACUGGCAAGGCAGCAGGGCCUCUCCGUCCGCAUUAUUGAUGAGAAGCCAUCGUCCCUUGAACUAGGAAGAGCAGAUGCUCUAAAUGCUCGUACACAGCAGUAUCUAGAGGUUGUGGGCGUCCUAGAGUCCCUUCGCUCGAAAGGUAUUGAAUGCAACACCAGCUCUACCUUUGGAGAUGGGGUCUUCAAGUCGAGGCAAAGUCACUGGUGGACCAGCCUUGAGCAUUGUUUGCACAAAUGCUUCCUCAUGAUUGGUCAACCUGAUGUGGAAGCCGCCUUUCUGAGCCUUUUGGACACUCCGGUAUACUACAAGGAGAAGGUAGUAGCGGUACAGGAGGAUGAACAAAGCGUUACGGUAACCACAAAUGCUGGUCGGGUAUUCCAUGGCAAGUAUGCCAUCGCAGCUGAUGGAGCUAGAUCCCAUGUUCGUGGUGGGCUUGGCAUUUCCUUCAAGGGGACAAAGCCGGAAAUGGUGUGGGCUGUUCUGGAUACCUUCAUUGACACGGACUUUCCCGAGUGUUCGGAAAUCAUCACAUUCCAGUUGAAGGGCCAGUCCCGAGUCUCGUGGAUCCCGCGCGAGCGAGGUAUGGCGCGAUUUUAUGUCUUGUUGGAUGGCGAGAUCACGCAGAGCAAAGCUGAGGACUCCAUCCGAGAGCAUAUGACUCCACAUCGUAUCGAUUUUGUGAAGACGGAAUGGUUCAGUACCUUCGAGGUCAAAGAGAGAAUAGCUUCGUCUUUUGUUUCCAAAGAAGGCACCGGUCGGGUUAUUUUAGCAGGGGAUGCCGCCCAUGUUCAUUCAGUCAACGGGGGCCAGGGUCUGAAUACCGGAAUUGCAGAUGCGUUUGGUAUCGGCUGGCGAAUUGCCACGGCAAUCCGCCAUCCGGAUGGGGCGACACAGCUGAUCCAGAGCUAUGAUACCGAACGUCGGGCUGUAGCCCAGGAUGUGAUCAACGUUGCGGCAAGACUAGUCCGGGAUACCAUGCGCAGCGCACAAGAAUAUGUUGCAACCAUUGAGAAGAAUGCUGGAUACAUUACUGGCAUGGGUGUCUCGUACGACGGAGCAGGAUCCGUUUUGAUAAGAGCAUCCGCAAAGGGUAUCUGGACGGCUGGAAAGCGUUGCCCUGACCUAGACUUGUUUGAGUUAGGGUCCGAACAGCCUCAACGGCUUUACUCCAUUACUCGCUACGGCAGGUUUUUGAUCCUACAAGUGGGCAACAACCAUUCCCCUAAGCACCUCUUCAAGGAUGUGGCAGAUUAUCAUACUGUUGUUGCGUUAGAAGACGGAAGUCUGAGUAAGCAGCGCGGUGUUGAUGAAGAUGCGAUCCUGCAAUUCCGGUCGGCACAUGUCACCUAUGGAGAUGCGUUUGUCGUAGUUGUGCGACCAGAUAUGUACAUCGGCUUUGUGGGUGCCGAGGCUGACGCUGACCACUACAUGUCGAGCAUCUUUGCGACAAGUCCAACUCUGUGA